GCACCACGGGAUAACAGCGGCGGUUUUUGGAUUAGAGGCGGGACUGAGGAAAGUUAACGAACGUUGCUGCUCAGGGACAGUUUGCACUGACAACUUGUUUACAUAAUGUAAUUUAGGUUUAAUAUUGUCAUAUCACAUUUAUUGGUAAGGAAUGAAGACAAAAAAAUUGAAGUCUACCAAAUGUGGAAGCAUCAGGAGGAAAGUCCCCAGUGAUGUGUCCCCAACCACAAGCCUCCCUCCACUGGUUGAGGGUCAGCUGCGAUGCUUUCUACGAGUGACAGUAAGCAGAGUUUUAUGGACAGUCCCCAAGCCUUCCCCAACAACUUUUAUCAGAUUGCGCUGGUGGGGAGAGUCUUCCAAUGGGACCCACUUCAGACCACGGGAUGGGUCACAAACGACACAGAAGACUGUGAAGUCCACCGCUCGCUUUCCCAUCCGAUGUGGACCGAAGCAGUUCACAUCCUACUUAACAGAUAUGGGCUCUCUGGUGCUGGAGGUGCUGACAAAGCCAGAACACCUGCCAAUUGCUCGUGCUCAGGUUGCUGGGAUUUCUUGUCUCUCUCUGUCACACUCCAUCAGUGGGUUCUUCACCCUGGUGUCUCCAACAUCUGAGAAGCUUGGAGAAUUACAGGUGUCGCUUGCUCUUGAGGCCCUGACUGAAACGUAUGACAGCAGCUGCUCAUUUCCCACCACAGACAUGAGUAUCGAAACGGCUGUGUCUGCAUUCAGGUCCACAGUGAAGCCAGCAUCUCAACCAAACAUUCUGGUGGUGCCCUCCUUGUCCAGACCACUCUCUGUCAACAGUGGGAAAGAGUCAGGGAGCAAUACGCCAAGAGGGAAAGACCAUUUGUACUUCCAAAAUGCCCAGACGGAAAAAAAGACUGACUUGGCACUUGAGAACCAAAAGCCAACAUCAAGUAGAUCUCAACAUGGACAGGGAGCGGCAAAUCCCACAGUGCAGGAAUCAACUCAUGGACAGACCACCAACGACAUACUUUCAGUUAUUCUAGAGCGUGGAAGCAAGCUUAGAAAUGCCAUGGUGGUAUCAGCUUUAAAGUCUGACAUGGACUCUGAAAUGGCUCUGAAAGACACUCCUCUACCUCUUCCAAAGGACGACAUAGGAGCACCACCAAUGCUGUCCAUUCCUCCCCAUGGGAGGCUACUGCAGAACAUUCUGCAUGCUGACUCCAGUCUCCUGCAGUCUCCCCACAGUCCCCCAGACUACCUCAGCCCAGACUGUACUGCUGCUGACACUGAGAACAGGGCAGUGGAUCUGCUGCUGGGCAGUUUGAACGGAUCUGCUCUCCCUAUCUGGGAUGGAGAGGGCUCUCCUCCUGAUUCUUUCCUCAGUGUGUAUGGAGACAGUGAACUCAAUGACCCACAGUAUGACCAGAGCCUGCUAGAGAACCUCUUCUACAAAGCUCCUAUGUCUAACAGCAGUCCAAGUGAUGACGACAAGGAUGGUCCUUCUCCAAAGAAGAGUCUCAAGAAGAGGGGUGAUGAUAAAGAGCUGAGGCACUCUGGUCCAAAGAAAAGUGGAGGCCUGGACUCAGAAAAUGUGCAGACUCCAGGGACUGGGGAUAUGCUUCCUGGGCUGUGUAUGGACCAGCUCACUGUCCUAGGUGAGGUCCGGUUGGCCAGAGUAGUGAUUCACUCCCUGACUGUGCCUGCCGACAGCACCACCACCAUACCUAAGAAGACGUCUGGCAAAGGGAAACCUCCUCGACCCCUCUCCUCUAAGAAAUGCUCCUAUUUUGUGGAGUACCUGUUCCCCGUAGCUUCCAGCAGGCAUUGUCCUAGUCAGGCCCUGGCAGCAGAGGUGACACGAGUCUUCUCUAGUAAAGUUACAGGAGGUGUGGUGAACUUUCAGAAGCGCAAUGUGUUUCCAGUCCACUUCAGUGGGUCAACUAUUGAGCAGUGGUGGGGAACAGAACUCACAUUUAACAUCUACUUCAGAAACAGCUCCCAGAAGAAACCUGUAGCCAUUGGCAAGGCUGUGUUCCCCCUCCGCUGUCUACUGCAGAGGGAGCAGCUGAGUCAGACUAUCAUUCUGCCUGUCCAGAGUCUGCAGGGGACUGGUGAGAGCCAGGACAUCGGCCCCCUCAAGGUGUCACUUGAACUGGCUGCAGACAACAAAGAUUUCUCAUCAGCCAAUGGUCAAAGGUCAGCUGGAGCUAGUUACAGAGCCCCCUCCCAUGCCCUGACCAGUCCCCAGAGAGAAGCUAGCCCCUCAAGGGUGGACAUGACAACCAUUAGGCCUCAGCAUCACAACACUAGAGGGGAGGAUAUCCCUCUAUCUACUGUUAAUAAUAGAUAUUCCAGGAUGGGAAAAAUAACUGUGGCCCCUCAAGAAGGUCCCUCACCUCUCACCAGCCUCCAGACAUCUCAUGACAGACCUCAGGCCCAUCAGGUGGUGGAGGAGGACAGUGGGGUUCUGCUGCAUGCUUUGCUCAUGGUGCCUAAUGGAAAGGACUUUAGCUGUGGACCCAUGCAGCCUCCUAAUGUCUACUUGAACUGUAAGCUCUUUGGCCAGGAUGAGACGUCCAGAUCAGUGAUCAGCUGGGGCCAGGCAAACCCCUCGUUCAACUUUGUACAGGUGGCUCCUGUGGCCUUGACCUCGAGGCUGCUAGAGAGGAUGAGGAACAAUGUGAUGGUGAUUGAGGUUUGGCAGAGAGCAGGAAGCUUAGGGCAGGAUCGGCUCCUAGGGCUGGUCAAACUACCCCUCCACCAGUUCUACAUGUCCUUCAGAGAUCCCAAGAUUUCCCACCUUCUGCUUCAGGCUCAGUACCCAGUGUUAGGGGUGGACAGCUACAUGCCAGUCAUUGAUGUGUUUUCAGGCAUUAUUAAGGGAAACCUCCGGGUGCUUCUAGCCAUGGGUCUAUCUGUCCAAAUAGUAUCUCUGCAGCAUAUGAGGGAUGAAGAACUUGUCUCUGUGUCUCAUCUCCCAAGACCAGGCCAUUUGCUGGAUCACCAACCACACAAGGUGAAGCCGUCUCCCGAGGAGACUAUGAGAGAGCACUUGUUUGUGGUGAGAGUGGAGAGAGUGAAGGGGCUGACACCACUACAGUCUACAGUCUGGGGGGAGGCUGACUGUUAUGUCCAGUACACCUUCCCUACUCAGGAGGAGCCUCCUGCUCAAAGUCUGGACCCAAAUCUGUUAAACUGCAGUGUGAAUCUGAGGCAGUUCCGUACCACCACUACCCUGUGUGUUCCUGACCCAGUGUUUGGCCACAGUGAGAGUCACGUGCUGCUGGCUCCUGUAGAAGUCCCAGUCCAGAGACUGCUACUCAGCUCUUUCUCCAGCCAGGGCCUGGCCAAUGGAGGAGGCAUCCCGUUUGAAGUGUGGUGCAGGUACUAUUACCCAAAUGUCCGGGACCAGUUGGUGGCUAAAGGGAUGCUGCCCCUGUCCAAGCUGUGCGCCAUGGUGACCAUGCAGAGACAACAGCCCACUGAAGCCCAGGUCUUCUCCCUUCCGCUGAUGCCCAGGACUGACAGCCCUGCUGGACACCAACCUCAGCCCUCAGGAUUGCUUGAUGUGUUUGUUCAUUACAAACAACGUCAGUUGAUAUCUGAUGUAAGGAGUGGGGGGGCUGCCUCUCGGGUGGUGACCAUGGUGGUUCAGGUGCACAGGGCAGCAGGACUACAGGCAGCAGCAAGGGCUUUGUCAGAGCAAGAUGAAACGUUUCAGUACUAUGCUGAUGUUGGGGUGAAUGUGUACGUUACUGCCCAUCUCUCCUUCCUGCCUGAGAGUGAGAGGCGCAGUACCCGUGUGGCCGCCAGGACCUUCUGCCCAGAGUUUGACCACCACACCGAGUUCCCCUGUGAGCUGCAGGUCCAGAGGAGCUCUGGGGAGACCUGCAGCCUGGCUGAGCUCCUGCAGCAGGCCACAGCUGUCUUCACUGUCUGGAAUAGAGACAGUCGCAUGGGGAUGGUCAGCCCGAGAUCAAAGAAUACUCUGUUGGGUACAGUGAGAAUUCAGCUGGCUGAUCUCAUCCAUAAAAGAACAGGGAUCAGUGGGUGGUUUGGUGUGUCUCUGCCGAAGGACCUGACCUCAUCUCCCAGACAUCACAUAUUCGUGGGCGGCCUGGACAUCUCCAUCAACUUUGCACACCAUGCAGAUAGAGAGAGGGUCAUCACUGCCGCCCAGGGCCUGGGCUGGGAGGUGGGGAGGGAGGAGGAGGAAGAGGAGCUACCCAAUGAGGGAGAUAUGUGGGCUGAGACUCCAAGGACGGUGUCCCUGACCAUGUCCAUGCCCAGAGCUUGGCUGCCUGUCCACUGUCUCCUCCUGCCUGGACACAGCGAGCUGCAGCGCUCCACCUACUGCUACUUUAGAUAUAAACUCUACGACGGAGAGGCCUUCUGCUCCCAGCUCAGACACCCUGGCCUGUCUGUGGAGGAGGGAGGUGGAGGGGAAGAGGGCCUGGCCACGGUGGCCUUCAGAGGAAGCAGGACUGUGGAGCUGAGGAGCAGCCAGCCCCUGCUGUGGUACCUCCGGGAGGAGAAGCUUGAGAUUCAGGUGUGGGUGGCCUUUGGGAAGGACAGGAGACCUAGGCCUCAUGACAUGGACCGGCUGGUGGGCUCAGCCUUCGUGGACCUCUCCUCCCUGGCCAAGAUGGCAAGGCACAAGCUGAAUCUCAGUGGUGUGUACCCCCUGUUCAGGCGCUCCGCCCCAGAUCUGAGUGGAGCUGCCCUGAGGGUCCACAUCACCCUGACCCCUGGAUCCCUCCCAGAGGCGCACACACCUGGAGGACGGGAUAGCCAGGACCAGGAGAACUGUGACAGCCAGGGAGAUGAGAAGGAGGGAGGGCAGGGAGUCCCCUCAUCCACAGCAGCUGUGUCCAGACAGUCUGGAACACCCAGCAGACACCAGACCAAGUCCUCAGUGAGUGUAGAGCCUUCACCGCCCUUCGAGGUCAGCAUGGAGGACACGUUCACUGUCACCAUCACUGUGGACAGGGCCAUGCACCUCAGUCUUAAAGGCUGUCCUCUAGCUGAGCGUAGUGGAGUGCUGCCUAGUUGUUGGGUGUCCUACGUCACGACUGACUCUGCUGAACCAGUCACCACAGCUCUCAUAGCAGACAGUCACUGCCCCGUCUGGGACCACCAGCAGGAGUGCAGGCUGUCAAAGCAACUUCUUCUGGAUCCACAACAGUCCCUGGUGUUCAAAGUCUGGCACAAAGGAGAUGUGGAGCGUGUGAUUGGGUUUGCCUCAGUGGACCUGUCCCCUCUCCUGUCAGGCUUCCAGUCAGUGUGUGGCUGGUACAACAUCACUGACUUCAAUGGCCAGUGCCAGGGCCAGCUCAAAGUGUCUGUCUCCCCACUUAAGGGAGUCCAGGAGCUGCGGAGUCAGAGACAGGCUGUGUGUGACGGCAACAAAGACUCCUCAGCUUUGUUCCAGACCCUGCCCCUCUAUUACCACACGACAGCCACAUACAGCAGCUUCCCCUCCCACGUCAGCCGCUACACAGAGCAGAGGAUCAACUCCACACCCCACCUUUCUGACAGGCUGCUGCCAGAAAGGUCCAGUGAAAGUGACCGGCAUGAUGAGCACAUGGACAGGGUGCGACUGUACCACCAGAGUCUUCAGGAGGGGGGAGGGGGCCACCCCACCAGUGCUGCUGCGGUGGACGCCCAUCCCUCCAGCUCUGUUCUGUUCUCAGCACUCCGGAAGAACCUAAGUGAGUUGGAUGACAUCCAGAGGUACUUCAGCCAUAAGCUGUCCACCCCUACCUUCCCCUCUCAAAGUGAGCAGGGCCAGCGCUCCAGACUGGACGAGCACCAGGUCUCAGACACAGACUCCUCCCAGCUCCUUCUCAAGUCCACCCGCCUGGUUGGGGAGGUUAACAACCUCAUCAGUGUCAUUGGCAGCAGAGAACUGGAAGGACAGGCGGCCAAAGAAAGAAUUGGUUUUGGGGGUGACCAGAGAGAUAUACCUGCUGGAGCGCGUGCUACAGGUCUACAGGGACAUCAUCGCAUGGAGACAAUACCUUCUAGCCCCAAGAACAGCUCAACAACUCCCCCUGUUCCAGAUGACCCCCACCUGCCCGAAGGCUAUGAAACAUUCCCCCAGAGUGCUCCAUGUUUCCAUAAAGCAUCAGGCUCCCCCCAGGAGGAUUUGUCUCCUGUCCCUUCACCUGUACCAUGUAUGUAUCAGGAACACAGUGAUUCUCAGGCUGAUGAAGAGGAGGAGGACAAGGCCCCUGCAUCUGAAGAUGAUGAAGGAGGAGGUCCCAGAGAGGAGGAAGAGGAUGGAGAUUAUGAGGAGACCGUGGUAGAGCCCAGGCCUCUGAAUGAGUUUGCAUCUCUAACAGACAGAACCAGCCCCUGGACCAGCCUGCUGUCAGACCCAGACCUAGCCUCUCUGGAGAGUCUGGAGACACCAGAGGAGCGCCAAGCCUUGGACUACUCCUACCACCCCAGUCUCACCCAACAGGAGGGGGAGAGGUCUGAUCUGCAGACUGACACCCUGCAGGCUUGGAGGUCUAGUGAGGCCAUAGGCAGCAGACUAGAGGAGAGGGAGCAACAUGUUAACUCUGAAUUCUCUCAUGGACCAGACACAGAUGAGGAGGAAGACACUGUGAGUGAUGGUGAGAGGACACUCCAAACCUCUGACAAUGAGGCAGCACUACAUCAGGAGUCCAUCACUGCUGCUCUACACGAACAGUCCUUAUUGUGUAGUGGAGAGACUGCUAGCAGGGUUCCUGGUGACAGAGAAGCUCUGUCAGAGGUUGAGACCUCCGGGUUGUUGUACGACACAGCUGCUUUCUCAGAAGAGGACACAGAACAUGUUGUCACAUCUGACACAUAUCAGCCAGAAACGUUCCUACACAAAGAAGACAACAGGAAGUCUAAACACUCUGACCCUGUGGAGAUCCCUAAUUUCUUCCUCUCAUCUCACCACAUGGAGGCUUCUAUGAGAGCGCUACGCAUAGCACCUGUCUUCCCCCUGGCCUCUUCUGACCCAAAAAAGAGCUCUCUUAGACAUGGGAUUCUCUGUCGGCGCGUUCCUCGUCCCAGGCCCAAUAUACCACCGUCGUCCAUGAAGAAAGAAGAGACCAAGAGAAUAGCAAAGAUAUUUGCAUCUCAUUUUAAAGACUAAUAUUAGCACUUUCUUUAAAUGCUAUUUGAUAUUGUGUGUCGUGCUGUAUAUACGGUUGGGUGUAUGUUUUCUAAAGGUUUAUGAAUGACCACACAUCUUGAUUACAUAAGUGGCAGCUCAUGGACAGUGCUUUCUAAUUAUGUAAAGAAUAUGUACAUUUCAUUUAAGUAGUUUUUCUAUUGUUUUUAUAAAUUAAAUGGUUUUGCCAGUGUAACUGAUAUUUUAUUUAUUUAUUAUUAGGUGUGUACCCAUGAUCACUGAUGUGGGAGACUCACAUAGCCUUUUAAGGAUUAUUGUCACAGGGGAAAACAUUUUUUCUAAUAGUCAAAAGGGUAUCAAGUGUUGACCCCCUUGUCCAUUAGUCCUUGUUUUUCCAACAAAGUGAUGAACAGUUUGUUCUUAAAGUGAUGUCACCUUUGUUUGGAUUUCAGUAGCUGUCAUGGUAAGUGGGCUGGUGUUAGGAUAUGUAUGUAAUAGUUGUAUGUUGUUCUAUUCUCUGCGUCACCAGGCAGUCACACACUAUUCAAGAGCCGCUUCUGUUCCUGAAACCAGAGACUAGGAACUUCUGACAGUGAAAACAUGCACUAGCUCAGGCACACAGCCUCUCAGGGACAUGUAUGGAUUGGCUCAGCGGAUGGGUGCAUGGGCGUUUUUAUAUAUAUAUAAUUAUGGAGUGUUACAUAAUUAUUAUAAAGUCUAAAUUAGCUCUGUGCUAUUUCAACAAGUCUUAUUGCCUUGGCUCCCUGCUGAAAUGAAAUUCAUUGGAUGUAAUACCUUUUGAGUUUAAGACAACUACUGUAUCUUGCAUAUCGGCUGUUCAUUGUAACUGAAAAUGACCAAUUACAUAAUAAAUGAUGUAUCAAAGAGUGUUGCAUUUUUGCGCAGAUAUAAUUAAAUGCAUGUUUUUUUAAGGUUCAACAGAACAUUGACUGUUGUAAACUGAGGCUGACUGACAUAAUGUCGCAUACUGUCUUGUACUCCCAAAAGGGAGAAAUAGUUUACAUGAACUUUCAUCAUGGUUUGAACAUUUUUGGAGUAAUUUUUUUAAAUAAAAAAAAAACCUAAAUGCA